CAGCUGUUACAUAAACGUCAGUUUAUUAGUCGGUUUUUUCUCAUAUCUCUAGAAUUUUAAAGACUUUACAAGCUGAACGACUGUAAAGAUGGAGCUGACCGAUUUCUACUACGACAAGGCCGAAUAUGUCGAAACCACUUCAGGUAAUAAAGUGAGUCGACAAACUGUGCUCUGCGGGUCGCAGAACAUUGUUCUCAACGGUAAGUGCAUCGUACAAAGUGAUGCUAUAAUCAGGGGUGACCUAGCCAAUGUGCGAACAGGACGAUUCUGCAUUAUAAGUCACAAUGCUGUUAUCAGACCUCCUUUUAAGAAAUUCAGUAAAGGAGUCGCUUUUUUCCCAUUGCACAUGGGAGACCAUGUUUUUGUCGGCGAAGGGUCUGUCGUGAAUGCUGCAGCUGUCGGCUCAUACGUUUACAUUGGGAAAAAUGUCGUAAUUGGACGAAGGUGUAUAUUAAAAGACUGUUGCAAGAUUGAGGACGACGCCAUCGUCCCUCCUGAAACAGUAGUCCCUUCCUUCACAAACUACUCAGGGUCACCAGCUGUCUGGAAGGACACCCUUCCUGACUGUACGCAAGACAUAAUGAUCGACUUCACGAGGAAUUACUACCAUCACUUUGUUCCCAAACUACUAAAUGCUAGGCAAAAGGAAUAAAUAAUUUUAAGCUGGUAUUGGGAUAAUGUUUAAUCCAAUUUCCUCAUUUCUUUCAAUCUACAUUAUUUUGCAUUUUCAUGAAAAGUUUUUUUUAGUGAAUGUGUUGUCUAUGAAAUUUGGUAAAUGUAAAUCCCUUGGCCUUUUUUCAGGGAAAAGUGGCGAUUCUAAUUUUAUUAUUGAAAAUGCAACUUUUUUCUGAUUUAUAGAAUGGAACUGCCGAACAGAACCUUUCCUCACAUGGACAAUAAUAAUUUCCAGUGAUUUAAUGGUACAGUAUUAGACCUCUUUCAUUGGUACGAUCUAUACUUAAAAAAAAACAACCUUUUUUCUGACUUGCAUACUAUUCAAUAGGGAUAAUGUUAGAUUCAUCUCUCAUUAAACUUUAUAAGUAGAUAUUAAGAUUAUAUAAUCUGUGAUACAUAUUAGUUAGUGUAAUUUUUUUUAAACUUUUCUAGCCAUGUAUUUAUAUAGAGUGAAACGUAAGGAGUACAACUUCCAAAGACGAUUAAAACGUCAAAACAGUUUCCUUCUGAUAAUCAUUUGUGUAGUGUUAGAUAAGAAUCAAUAAGUCAAACACUUUGUAAUGCCUGUUCAAGCUUUAUAUAAUUCUCUAUUAAUAUUAAGCAUGCUUAAACAUUGUGAACAUGUGUACAUGAAUGUAAAUAGUCUAAAAAAGUAACUUAUUUUGAUAUUAAUGUAUGAAAACUAUAUUUAUUGGUUAAAUUUUUAAAAAGAUAAUGUCAAUUGCAAUAUAAUCUUAUUGUUUUAGGGUACUGCUAAUUUAUGGAUAUAAAUUUAAAACAAUUUUUUAAAUAAAUCUUUCAAAAAUUGUAAAAUUUUGAUUUAUCUUGCAUAUUUUUUCUUUAAAAUAUAACUUUGUGCGUACAAAAGAAGAAUAUGGUUUUGGGUGUCUAGAUCAUGUAAUCAGUCUAAUGAUUGUCUAUUUUUUUCUUUUAUGAAAAUAUAUAAAUAGAAUCUUAUAAAGUAUCGCUACAUGCUAUUUACAUUUCCUUUUUUACAGUAAUAUGAUGUAUUAAUGUAAAAUGAAUUUUAAUAAACAUGCGAGCCGAAGGAUGUGGGUUUGAG